AUGGUAGAGAACAUCCAGUGGCGACAGAGUGCAUCUAGCUGUUUUACGGUAGCGGCAUCAAGAUCUACACUACAGUCUCUAGACUGGGCAACUUAUAUACUAACUAACGAGAAGCAACAGCUGCAGCGGAGACUGAAACAGCAGAAAGAGAAUGGAAGAAGAAUAGAGAAUUUGGAAAAGUUUAAAGUUGGGUCUUUGCCAACUCUGUAUUAUAUUCCCGAUUUCAUAUCAGAUUCUGAACAAACCCAGUUUCUUAAUCAUAUUUACCAAUCUCCCAUAUCUAAGUGGAAAUCAUUGAAGAACAGGAGAUUACAAAAUUGGGGUGGUAUUGUACAUGAAAAGGGUCUCUUACCACAGAACUUACCUCCUUGGCUAACAAGGGUAACAAAAAGAAUAUGCGAAGAAGCUGGACUGUUCCCGUCACCAAUCAACCAUGUGCUCAUCAACGAAUACCUCCCUGACCAGGGGAUCAUGCCGCACCAGGAUGGUCCUGCAUAUUUUCCUGUUGUAGCAAUAAUCUCUCUUGGAUCACCUGCUGUUAUGAACUUUACCCCUCAUUCUAGGUUGAUGGAAUCAAGUAGAUCUGGUAGAUAUGCUGCUGAUGGUGAUUCAAGUUCAAACGAAGUGGGUUCUGAAAACGAGACGGACAUAUGUUUGCCGAACCACCAGCACUCCUCUAUCCUACUGAUGCCUUGCAGUUUGCUAAUAUUCAAAGAUGAAGCAUACUCAGAUUAUUUACAUGGUAUAGAGGAUAGAAAUGUGCACCAGUUGGAUAAGGUUGUGAACAUUGUCGAAGGUCUGAAACAUGACAGACGAGUUCCCUCUUUGCUAGAUACAGAGGAUAUGGUUGGGGCUGAGAGCUCUGGACAAUUCAAAAUCAUUGAAAGAACCAACACCAGAAUAUCACUAACCUGUAGAUUGGUGUUAAAGGUCCGUAGGAAUAUAUUCAAAUUUUAGUCUAAUGUUAGCAACAAAGUUGAUGUAGGAAGUAUCUGAUAAAAUGAGUGACAUAGUUUUGCUUUUCAUGUUGGAUUCCUAAUUAGAUUUCUUUCCUUCUUUAUUUCGGUGGAAGGUUAUGAAUCGUUAUAAAUAGUGGCUUGCACUAAUUAAUAUUUGAGCAGGAGUCGGGUCCUUGUGACCAUUGUUUA